GUAACGGAAAGUCCCAGGCGGGAUCGAGUCCGAAGCGGUCGUCAUUCUAUCAUGAGUGCCAGUUGUAGUAAACUCCGUCCCAUCUCCUUCACUGACGCGCUGCGCCACCGCGCCCCUGGCGUUGGUGGCCGCGGAAAGGGAAACGACUCCAUCAAACAGUAAGAAACGGCACGUGAUCCCCGCCCGCCAGCUGCAGGGCCCAGCCAACCCCGCCAAAUUGGCUGGCGACGGGCCGCGGUGCACGUCUCAAACAGGCUCCGCCUCGAUGCGAUUACUGUCCACGGUUAGCGAGCCUGGCCUGGUAGUAAUCCCACACUACGCCUCCGAGGCAGCACCAACAACCCCGGAUUCCUGUGCUGCUGCUUUGGAUAUAAGAAUUUGGAUUGCAACGAGCCGAGAGAGCGUUUUUGUUUUAUCCAUCAUCACACCAAUCCAACAACACCAACAACAACAUCAACAACAACAUCAACACACUCCGCCACUUAUAACUCCAUCUCGUCCCAGCUCGCCAGAUCUGGACACCUACUAACCGUGCCUGCUUUUCCAACUUUACCAUUGGGCUUCGUUUAUAUCUAGCAACCUUUACUUUUCUCCUUUUUCACUUUUUCUCCAUUUUCCUCCUUUCUCUCGAACCACCACCCACCACAAUCGCAAAUCACAAUAGGGACCAUCGCCAAAUCGUCGACCCCUGAAAUUCAAGUCUAACCAACCCCCCUCCACCCCCUCCGCGCAGCGUUUCCUAUUUACUACCAACUCACCAGAACCCACAGACAUCAAAAUGCGUUGCCAGACCUUCGCCGCCUUCCUGCUCGCCGCGGCCCUGCCGGCCAUCGCCUCGGCGGUCGACGCUAACACGCAGGGUUCGGGCCACGACUCGCGGCUGAUCACCCGCGACGACGCCGGCCAGACUGACUUUUACGACCCGGAGCACAGGCGCCAGCUGAUUGCCCGCGGCCUCAGCGACGUCGAGGACUUCCCGCCCCAGGUGCAGGCGCGCUCCGAUGACGCCGAGGCCGGGGAGGACUUUGCCGACGCCGAGGCCGAGGACAGCGCAGAGGCCGACGACGACGCGUUUGCUGACGACGACGCAGAGGCCGACGAUGAUAACGCGGAUGCUGCCGAUGAUGAGGCCGACGCCGGCGACGAUGAGGCCGACGCCGGCGACGACGAGGCUGACGCUGCUGAUGACGAAGCAGAUGCUGGCGACGAUGAGGCCGACACUUCCGACAAUGAGGCCGACACUGCCGACAAUGAGGCCGACACUGCCGACGACGAGGCCGACGCAGGCGAUGAUGAGGCUGACACGGCCGACGACGAGGCCGAUGCCGGCGACGACGAGGCGACGUUUGACGACGACAACGCCAGCGCCGCCGCCGGCGACGACGAGUUCGCCGACCUCCUUGAUGACACUGCUAACACCGACGAUAACGCCAGCAGCGAGGACGCCUCCUCCUCUGCCCUGGACCGCCGCCGCGAGGAGACGGUCGAAGUCGACUCCGCCGAGGACGGCGAGGGCGAGUCCGAGGUCCUGCGCCGCGGCGUUACGGGCGAGCCAGCCUUUGUCAGGCCCGUCGCCAGGCGGCACCCGAGGCACUUCCGUGGCUUUGCUUAAGCCGACGGGGAUAGGUUGUUUCGUUUCCUUUUGUUGUUGGGGUUGACUAUUUCUUUUUUUUUUUCCCCUCAUGUUUUUGAUACCUUUUGGCGUUUGGAGCGGGUUACAGUCUAAAAAGAGCGCCGCUUGAUUUUGUGCGGCGCUGGAUAUUAGUGCAGUUUUAGUCUGCAUCUGAUCGAAUUUGAACAUUCCACCUUCUUCACAUGUCCCCUCUCUUCUCUUCGCUGAAAUACAACGGGC